AUGGGAUCAAAAUUAGGUUCAACAUCGUCAAGGACAAGAACACCUGAACCUAGAGAAGAUGACUAUCUGAUAGUAAUCCCCUAUUCCCACAUAUUUGGGCUUAUGCUGGAAGCUUUAAAAUUGCCCCCUACAAUUUACCAUCACAAGAUACGUCCGGGUGGCAAGGCUGGUGUGACAUUCACUUUCAAUUCUUCCUUAGAGCAGCUUGAUGGUUUGCUUGUUUCUACCUCAAUAUCUGGUAUGGUUUCACAUACCUAUGAAGAUGCAGAAGACAGUGCCGCUAUAAAAGCUAUUAGAUAUAUGGAAAACACGCGUGGGAAAGAAAUUAGAGACUACCACUACACCCAUGUCAUAAUGCUUCAAAAUCAAGUUAGGCAUUUGGUCACGUGGUUGUUGGAAGGAAAUGAGACUAUCAAGAAACUAUGCAAAGGCUGGUACUAUGCUGUUAGGUAUAUGAGCUCAUAUUCUGACCAGAUACAGAACUCAACAACUGCUCGGCACCUAAGAGGGCAAGCUAAUACCAAAGGGAUUAUGAAAUCAGCGCUGGCAGGCAUUGAGGAACUGACACAGAGGUUACAUUAUAUUGGAGUGAAGUCAGAGGAGCGGCUGAUCACUAUUAAAGAUAGCUUCUGA